GCACACUAUUACGCAGAUACAGUAAGAGGGUAUGUCAUAUGCCUACCAUUUAUUAAGAUAUCAUUGUUUAGUUUCUUUGACAUUCAUGGGCUGAAUUUGCUUGGAAAGUAAUCUAAUUCUGUCACCAUCAAUUGACUAAGCUAUUCCCUUUCUGUACAAUAGAAGAUGUUUAAACCCAGACAGCUUUUAGGGGAACACUUGUGACCUUCUCUCACUGGGUUAAGCCACGGAAGAAGAGUUCUCAGCCGUUAAAGCUUACAUUUUUCUGCAUCGGUAGGCCUACUCUGUCUGGGGUGGAAAUGUAGGCCUAACUAAAGCUCUGGUCUGUCCAAGAAGUGAGUGUGAACGCUAGAUAUAUUCUCUGCUAUCCACUUUGUUUCAAUUAUUAUUUUUGUAUAGCGAAGGGUCACUUGUUUUUUUUUCAAUUGUUCAGGGAGGGUUUAGGUCAAAUAUAUUUUGUUCAAACAGGUCUGAUUUUCACCAUGUAACCCUUAUAAUAAAUAACGUUCACUCCCUAAUGAGAUUCUCAGGGGAACGUUCUCUAAAGUUGUAAGAACUGUUGUUGUUAGCUGGGUUGUUAUACUCUUUGGUCUGGUCUUUUGGUAACAGAUGAGCGCUUUAAUGUUACUUUGCUGCCAUCUAGUGCAAUGUAUCGUUACUUUAAGUGGCCCUUUGAUGUCGUGAAUUGUCACACUCGCAAAUGUAUUUUAAUAUUUUGCUUAUUGCCCCGUAUCAAAUGCAACCAUAGCUCAAUUUCACCCGUUUUACGUUGAGUAAUUCCCCUCAAUGCAGUGCCAAAGAUGUGUAUAACGUUGCUUAACUUUCAGGUCUGCUUACGUAAUCGCCUGUCAGUGGUCGCUUUACGGUAGAUCGUGGCGGUCAGAGAAGCAUGAUGAAAAGACUAACCCAACUAUAAUUUACAAAAAGCUGAUAAUUUUAAUAUCUAACUACCUACAGUAAGACAGUGUACAACACUAUUGAAAGGUAAACAUAUUGCUACGUUUGAGAUACUAGGAAAUAUCACCAACGUUAUUACUUAUUGCUUGCAUCAUCACGUUUGGUCAGCUAGGCUAAUGUUAGCUAUUUAGCUAGUUUACCCAACCAGCAUCUCCAGUCGGAAGCGUUCGCCGGGUGAGUCUCCAGAUCGUCACCAUACAUGGACAAUAACGCCCCUGGGUCGGGAGGGAAAGGCGGCCUCGGGAGUCUCUUCGGAGGCAGCGAAUACACCAACACAGAGCUCGCCGGAGUCCCAUUGACUGGAAUGAGCCCCCUGUCGCCUUAUCUUAAUGUUGACCCCCGCUACCUCGUACAGGACACAGAUGAGUUCAUCCUGCCAACAGGGGCCAGUAAAACUAGAGGGAGGUUUGAGCUGGCCUUCUUCACCAUCGGGGGCAGCUGUAUCACAGGAGCUGCGUUUGGGACAGUGAAUGGUCUGAGGAUGGGGUUGAAGGAGACCAGAGAAAUGGGCUGGACUAAACCUCGUAACGUCCAGAUUCUCAACAUGGUGACCAGACAAGGUGCAUCCUGGGCCAACACUCUGGGCUCUGUUGCGUUAUUGUACAGUAUAUUUGGCGUGGCCAUAGAGAAGGCUAGAGGAGCAGAGGAUGACAUCAACACUAUGGCUGCUGGGACUCUCACAGGCAUGCUGUUCAAAUCCACAGGAGGGCUGAAGGGAGUGGCUCGUGGUGGUCUGGUGGGGUUGGCCAUGUCUGGUGCCUAUGCUCUCUACAGUAACUGGGACCAUAUCAGAGGCGGCUCCUCUUCUUCAAAUCUCUACUGAACACAUCCCUAUCUAUUGCGUUUCAUCCAAAAUUCCACCUUAUUCCCUACUUGGUGUACUACUUUUGGCCAGAGUCUCAGGGAAUAGGUUACCAAUACUCAAACACUCCCACAAAUAUCACCAGCCCCUCCCCUUGUUCACUUCCUGACUUGAGAGGGUUCUGGGGUAUUGGAGGCAUGACUGAGACAUCAUUAAACCAUGGACUAAAUGACCUCCAAGAAACACCCCUCUCUACACACAACUGCCCUUGCUGCCCCCUCCCCCAGCCGUGUCCUUCUGGGUUACCUCCCUUCUCACCCACACAGAUCUGAAAAGGCCUCACACUAUUUCCAAGGGGUUUAUGUGUUAUUGUAUUGGGAACUGUUUUUAGAAAUGUAUCUUUUGUUAUAUUAUUGCUACGUCUAGUAGCCUGGAAGAGGGAAAGAGUCAUGUAAAUAGUAUGUCCAUGUUAAGAGUAAAUGGAUACUGGGGCCCUGUUGUAAUCAUUUUUACAUGCCUCCUCCCUCCCUGUGAAGUAAUCACUGAUCUGACAUGACUGGAGUGAUGAAAACAAUUCAGUGGAAACCGGUUUACAGCUAUCCAGUCAUGUCUGGUCAGUGAUAACUUCAAGGAGGGGAAGGGUGGAUGUAUCUGAACAUGUCGGCUGGUGUUACUGACUGGUUAUUUUACGAGGUUGCCCACUUGUUAGCCCCCUGAGGUAAAGCCAAAUGGUUACUACAGGGAGCGAACGCAAGGUUGCUCAUCUAAGCAUGGUUCAUUGAACCACCUCCGCAACACUGGUCUAAGACCCAACCAGAGAGCUGCUGGAAGCCAUGAUUGUAGUCCUCUGCUUUCAUGUGACUGUGGGUUGUAGUCCUUCAGAUACAGAACAAGACUUCUCAUGAAGCUGAAGAGCAAAGAGACAUUCAUCCCAGCACACACCCUACCAAGGCCUUACAAUCAAUACUGUUGUAAUGUAUUUAUUCAUAGUGGGUACUAUUUUCCUGUUAAGAGUUGGAGUCGAUGCUGGCCUUUCUAAAAGUUACUUCCAAACAAUACUGGAAGUGUCUGUAUUAUCUCUUUGUGUCCUUGCCUGUUAAGGCCACUGUAAGAACAAUACAACAAACAUUCAAAAUGAGAA